AUGCCCUCGCUCAAGCAAUCCUCUUUGCGUACCUACCAGGUGCCAGGCACUGGAGAAACCGUCCUCAACUCAGCAGACGGGCUCCCUGCCCUCUGGAGGGUAUCUGGGGCCCUGGAGACGCGCACAGGUGGGGCCUCUGGGCUGGAAGGAACGCGCAGGAGAGCCGGGCACUGGGGCUGCGGGACGGGCCCCGGCGGCCAGCCCCAGGCCGGUCAGGAAGUCAGCGCGAGGGCCCGCGGCGGGCAGGGCGGCCCGAGGCAGGCCGGACCCGCCGGGCGGGCAGAGCCUCCCGCAGGAGCCCCGAAGUCUCGCCGCCUCCGCUGGGCCGCGGCUCCGGGACGCGCCGGCGGGAACAGCCCCCGGCGGAGACGAGGGCGCGGCCGGGGCACAGGCACCCUGCAGGGUCCCCCGCUGCGGGACGCCGAGCGCGGAGGGCCGGCGUCGGGGCCUCCCCAGGGGCACCGCGCCCGUCUGAGCCGGGAGGCAGCGAGGGCGCGCGCUGGGCCCCAGGGACCCCCGACGCCCAGCGAAGCCCGGGCCGCACCGAGCGUCAAUCGGGGGCGGGACGCGAAGGACGCCGGCCCGGGUCCCCGCGGAGAGCCGCACGGAGCACCCCCACCCCGGGCCCCGGGAGCCCCCGGCCCGCUCGGCGGCCACCAGCGCGCCGAGCCGCGUCCGCCCUCCCCGCGCGCCCGCCGGCGUGGUUCCGCCCGCCGCCGGCAGCGUUACCUAGGAGACGGCCCGCCGCGGCCGCCGAGGCUCAGGCCGUGGGGGACGCGCCCCCACCGCGGGCCCAGAGCCCCGCCCGCCGGCCGGUUCCCGCCGGAGCCGCAGGCCGAGCGGGCUGAGGACCGGCCGAGGGUCGCCCGCCCGCCGGCACCGCGGGAGGAGCCUCGGCAGGCGGCGCGGCGCGCGCGGGGGCCGGGAACCCGCCCCGCGUCAGCGUCGUUGGCAGGGCCUCGGGACCAAUCGGAGCCCCAGCCCCGAGGCUCCGCUCCUGCAGCGCCAGCCAAUCGGCGCGGCGGCGGGCCCGUCCUGCUUUGCAUGGCCGGCGACCCCUCCGCCAAUUGGCAUAUGACUGGCGUGAAGGACAACCAAUGA